AUGAACGCCAUCACAUGCCAUCGCCAAUCGCAUGCCCACGGCGGCUAUCCUUACAGCCUGCCGCACGACCAUCACCAUAAUAAUAGCAACAAUAGCCGCCCUCUCCACAUAGUCCAAACCAUUAUGCCAACUGCUCUGGGUCCAGGCGCCGGGGAAACUCCAUCGUGCCUGGCUGGAUCCCAGCUACCUCCAUCCCUUGAGAUUUCUUCUCCUAACCUGAAUGCCUUGCCCGAUACAAAAGCCACCUUGGAACUCACUGAAAUCACUGUGGACACAUGCACCUCCCCAGUCACUCCUGAUAUCGCCGACGAUAUGGGGUUGAGCAUGGAAGGAUCUUCGAUCACAAAUCCAAGCGUCACACCAGAACUAUCUCCCGUUGGCGACAACCCUCGCAUUUCAAAGCGGAAACGAACUUCAUCACCACCGUCGCCCUCGUCGACAAGUCCCGGAGACUAUCGUCGUUCAUCAUCUCGAAGCACCCGUCGCUCUGCACAGACGGCUCGCCAUAGCUCUUUACACUCUCAUCGCCACGCACCUCUCACGCCAUCGGUUCCUAGCAAAGAUCUAGAGACCAAGCGGGAAGAUCUUCUGGCCCUGCACCGGGAAUCCUGCCGUUUAUUUCAAGACAGUGGACGAACGAUCCCGACUCAGCAUAGAAGAACGUCACUUCCCCUAACCACCCACGACAGUCCGCCACACACGCUCCGCACAUCGUCAGAGACCGGUUCACCCCCGGUGUCCCCAGUCUUCCCGACCCAAAUUUCUACGGUGAGCGAGGACCUGACGGAUCAAGACUAUCAUAAGGGGCCCUUGCUCCACACUUCACCCAUAACCAACACCAUCCAUGACGAAAGUUAUAUCCCUUCGAUCCAGGCCUCGGUCACUGUCAUUGACUGGACGUCCCCGUCCACGCGGAGGCGCGAAUACAAAAAGAUCGACCGUGCCAGUAGUGGGGUAAGGGGCUUCUGGCGCCGGGUUGCCCCCAAGUGGUGCCAGUUCGGACAUGACCGCACGCCGUUCUUUGAAGAAAAAGACGGCAAAGGAAACUACGAGGGUAGUGUCCGACGGUUUCGAAUGGACCUCCCCGACGAGCCUGUCCCGGAACGUAAAAUGAAUGCCAUUCGGGCACUGAAGCUGAAACAAAAGUUGGUGACGACUAAAAUGAGCAGUCGUCGACAAAGCGAAUAA